AACUAUGAAGAUUGCAUUCGCCCUCUUAGUAAUUUUACCUAUGGUAUUUUCCAUGCCAGAAAAGAGAUUGAUUCUUGAUACUUUAUUGCAAGGAGCUGAACUGAAAACUUUAGUUGAUGGAAUAGUUGGACAAUUGGGUUCAGAUGCCAGUGAACAAGCAUGCGAAGCUGAAUGCCACACACUCAUCCAACAAGAUCAUCUUCUUCAGUUUGGAUGUCCACUUAUAUGCAAAAGUCUCCAAAGCUUAGCUCAUCGAUAUGGACACGCCACAGCUGCACCCACAGCUAAAACCAGCCUGGUGGUAUAUAUAAGGUUAAUGAUUAAGAAGAAGUGUACUUCACAAUUACUUACUAAAACAGUCACUAUGAAGAUUGCAUUCGCCCUUUUGGUAAUUUUACCUAUGGUAUUUUCCAUGCCAGAAAAGAGAUUACUCCUUGAAAGUUUAUUUAAAGCAACUGAACUGAAAACGUUAGUUGAUGGAAUAGUUGGACAAUUGGGUUCAGAUGCCAGUGAACAAGCAUGCGAAGCUGAAUGCCACACACUCAUCCAACAAGAUCAUCUUCUUCAGUUUGGAUGUCCAAUUAUAUGCAAAAGUCUCCAAAGCUUAGCUCAUCGAUAUGGACACCCAACAGAAGCACCCACAGCUAAAAAAACAAAAACAAUGAAACUCGCAUUUGCUUUAUUGUUGGUUUUGCCAGUAGUAUUUUCCAUGCCACAGAAGAGACUACUUCUUGAUACUGUAUUCAAAGGAACUGAACUGAAAACAUUGGUAGAUGGGUUGGUAGGAACUUUAGGUACCGAUGCCACCGAGCAAGCAUGCGAAACUGAAUGUCACGUACUCAUUCAACAAGAUCAUCUUCUACAGUUUGGAUGCCCGCUUGUAUGCAAAAGAGUUGAGGAAUAG